CACUGACUCAAAUCAUCAUUAUUGCCCAGCGCGCAAGCGGCAGACUCUGGUCCCGUGCAAAAUCUUCGUGUGCGCUGUCACUGACCCUUCAAAGCGCCACCUGCGCGCUCUUCCACCUAACGAUGGCGCCUCGAGGCUUCACCAACCCUACUCCCAAGACCGAAUCUGCGCGUUCCGCUCUGAGCUCUUUCACCUGCACUCUGUGCAACAAGUCCUAUUCUCGCCAUCCAGAAUACGAAGCUCAUAUUUCGUCUUAUGAUCACCAGCAUCGCAAGCGUUUGCAAGAUCUCAAACAAUUGUCACGAGAUCCAAAUGCCGCAGAGAAGGCCAGGCGAGCAGAAAGGAAAGCUGACGCAGAGGCCGGACUAAGGGUACUCGAUCCUUUUAAAGCCGUCGCAACAUCGACAGCCGGGACUGGACCUGGAGUUGGUGUUGGUGCUGGAGGUGGAGGAGGAUUUAAGAAAGGGGGAUUCAAAAGCUCCUUUACCACCGUCAAAGGACCCGUGGCCCCAGCUGCACCCACGAAGAAAAACGUCCUAGGUGGUGACGAUGAAGACAAUGAUGUCGCAGAAGCAGAUGAUGCGAGCCUGCAUAGUCGAAGCCAACCCACCAGACACGAAAGGGCUCAGCUUGAUCAGGCAGAGAGCGAUACUGACGAGGAAUAUGACCAAGAUGUAAUAGGCGGGGGAUAUUACAGUCCUCGUAAUCCCACUGGUUGCUCUCCAGGGUGUGCUGGAGCCAGCAAUGUCCAAUUGGGAACUUCUACUGUUUAACAAACGGUUGUUCCGACCCCAUGAGCUCCGCAUUUCAAAUAGCCGAUAAAGUUUUGCUCUUAUUGAGUCUUGGUCGAAUGGUACCGACAACAAAAUUUCUACCUGGCUCGAUACAAGUUCACCCACGGGCUAUUCGGUGGGAUCCCAGAAGUCAAGAACAGGGCUAUCAGGCAAACGCGAUUAUGAAGUUAUCUUACGGAAUACAUGGUUAC